AUUUUUAUAAUUCUCAUUCCGAUUCUCUCUCUCUUUCUCUCACAAAGCUGGUCAGAAUGGGCGGGCUCUCUCACGCGGCCUCAAUAGCGGGGACGACGACAACAACGACGACGAAGCUUCAAGCUAUAGAUCAUCAUCUCCCUAAUACAAGCUCGCCUCAUACUGAUUUUUCUAUUUCCUCGCUCAAAUUUUGAUUCAUUUUCACCGAUUCCUCCUCUCCACACUCUCAUCUUCUUUCAAUUCAAUUCAUGCACGCAAUUCAUAUUUCAUAACAUAUACACAAUUAGGAGAAAGAAUUUGCUGCUCUAAUUCUCCGCAGACCGCAUCACACAACAUCUUCGAUAUAUAGAAGUUAGACUAGUCUGGUGUCUUGUUUUGGAGAUGCUAGAUUCAGCUAACAAGUUGGUAAAAGGCAGUUUAGAUGGCCUGCAAAGAGAGGAUAAUAGUGAAUAUGUUAGAUUGGAUAUAUCAAAUGAACCAGGGCUUGAACAAGAGGAAGGUGAAGGUGAAGGAGAAGAAUAUGACAGAUUAAUACCAAAUGAUCCAAAGUUACCCAGAAUUGAUCAAUUGUUACAGCAGGAGGCUGUAACAAGUAGUAAUCCAACUUUCAUCUGGUGGUUGAAGGCUACAUUCUGGUCCUUUGUUCUUCUUCUACUCCUUCUUGCUUUUGUCAAAUGGGGACUUCCAUUUCUCUUUGAAGAGGUUCUGUUUCCAGUUAUGAAAUGGGAAGCCACAGCAUUUGGCCGUCCAGUUCUAGCAUUUGUACUAAUCUCUUCAUUAGCAUUGUUCCCCGUCUUCUUUAUCCCAUCCGGUCCUUCAAUGUGGUUGGCUGGAAUAACAUUUGGAUAUGGUCUCGGAUUCAUCAUAAUCAUGGUUGGAACCACCAUUGGCAUGGUGUUACCAUAUUGGAUAGGCUUAUUUUUCCGAGACAGAAUUCAUCAAUGGUUAAAAAGAUGGCCACACAAAGCUGAAAUGAUUAGACUCGCAGCCGACGGUGACUGGUUCUAUCAAUUCCAAGUUGUGGCCAUCUUUAGGAUCUCGCCUUUUCCUUACACGAUUUUCAAUUACGCGAUUGUCGCGACAACGAUGCAGUUUUGGCCUUAUUUAUGUGGAUCUGUUGUUGGAAUGGUACCAGAAGCCUUCAUUUACAUCUACAGUGGGCGGUUAAUAAGGACAUUGACAGUGGUACAAUAUGGGAAACAUCAUUUAACUCCAAUAGAGAUAAUAUAUAAUUUGAUAUCCUUCAUGGUUGCCAUAAUCUCCACGAUUGGUUUUACUGUUUAUGCAAAGAGAACCAUAGAUGACUUGAAGAAGGCUGAGAUUAACAGCAGCAAAUCAGACAUUAAUAACUGUGAGUUGGAGAAACUCACUAUUGAAAGACCCAAUUUACUCAGUUGCACGGCUUCUUACAAAGGCAGGUAGAGAUUAUUUUAUUUCAUUUUUACUAGAGCUUAAGCUUCUUCUUUCUCCACAUCAUUCAUUGAUCAUAUUUAUUGUGUAUAAUAGAUUAACAAACAAACAAAAAAACACAGCUUUUCAUGGUAUGCAUGAAAACAACUCAAACAUACUA